AUGGACUUCCUACCAGAAAACCUCCAAACAGUCCUCCAAAAUCCCACAUUCGCCUACCUUCAAACAACCACACAAGACCAACUCGCAUCAAAACUCUCGAACCUACGCACAAUGGUACUCCAACCCUACAUAAUUGAGCCCGUCUCGAGUUUCCUCGCCUCCUACUCCUCCACCAUGCCAGACCUGCUCUCACUAUUCCUUCUCGCCAUCAUAAUCCUCGUCUCCAUCAAAAUUCUAGACUACGCCUACCGCGUGGUCAUGUUCUGGGUCACACUCGCUUUCAGGCUUGUCUUCUGGGGCUCGAUUCUCGGUCUCGGCUGGUAUGUCUACCGCGUUGGCAUUGAGAAUGCGAGCAGGGAUGUUGGGUGGCUUUGGGGUCUGAUAUAUGGGUUUGUGGGCGAUUUUCAAGAAAAGAGCAAGAUCGCCGCGGCGGCUUAUGAGAACGCACCCAAAUAG